AUGGCUUCCUUUUCUUCCUCUGGAGAUCCAACCUGGAGGGUCUCUGCCGGACAGGUCGACAGAGACGGGCUCGAGGAGUCUCUUUUUGGGUUCGUGCUAACGAGGUUUCCUGAGAAGAUGGUCAGAGACACAAGCGUAUCGAAAUUGGACUACAUGAAGUUCUUGUCUUACUGGUACGUGUAUGAGGAGCAUGAGAAUCACUAUCUGAUCCAACAGAUAAGUGAGGGAGUGUUCAGGUUUGAUUCUGUGGUGGAGUUAGACCGAUCAGGAUGCUACAGGGAGCUCAGUAAGUCGGCAGGCGAACUCCACUCAUUGGGUGAAUCAACGCUGGAAGUGUACCGGUCUAAUUAUGAUUUUGGUGCUCUUUACAUCAAGACCAUAAUGUUUGAUUUUGUUCCCACUGGUGAGGAUUACAAGAAGGCACACGAGAGGGAUGCUGAGAGGGAUGCUGAGAGGGAUGCUGAGAAGGAGGAGAAAAAGGAGGGAAAGAACGUGCAGGCUUGGGUACAGGUGGUGGUGCUGGUGCUGGUGCGGGUGGUGGUGGUGCUAGUGCGGCUGCUUUGCUUCGUGUGCUUCUAG